AUACAUGACUAUCCACGGGGUAUGGUUAAAAAUUAUGAUAAUUUGAAAAGUAAAUAAUACAAUAUUUAUAUGUUUUGUAGUUCAUCAAAUUGUGUAUUCAUCAUAUGAUUGUAUCAAAAUGCCUUCUUACUCAUUAAUUGAGUGUAAAUUACGUCGCUAUUUUUAUUUGGGACAUGAAUACUCAAUAUAUGUUCCUCCUGGAAUUAGAAAAUCAUAUUGGGAUCAAAGACACCAUGAAGAUAUUACUGGCAUACGUAUAAUUGGAAAAAUUGUAAAAAAAAAUAAAACUGAAGAGAUAAAUUCUAUUGUUCCAAUAAUUUUAAAGAUAAAAAAAGAAAAUAAGUUAAUUGAUGAUAAGCUCUUGAUAUAUACAUUAGCUAUUUGUGCCAAAUUUAAUUUGGAGCAUUGUGCGAAAUUAGUUUCAGGCGCUUAUGAUGCAGUAACAGCAAUAUGUACAGAUGGAUUAAAAUUGUUGAUGUUUGUUCACUUUUGUCAUAAAGCUAGUUAUAUUCUUCAUAAUGAGGGAUUUGUAAAAAAUCCAUCUUCUGGGUUUGGCAAUGGUUUUCGUAAGGCUUUGAAUAAAUGGUAUUUAGGUAGGGAUCCAUUGUUAACUACAGAACAAAUAUUAAGAUAUAAAUCCUAUGAGGGCUGGACUCAUAAAGAUAUAAUGAAUCUAAUUCAUAUUCGUUCAUCUGAUCCAAAUUAUCAAAUAUUUAUUAUCCAUACAAUGUAUGGGUUUGCAAGAGUUGAAAAAAUAUAUGGACAUACUUUAAAAGAUGUUUCAAUUUAUGAUGAUAAUGAAACAUUUGAAAUGAAACAGUUAAAAUUUAUUUUUAAUAAAUUAAAACUAGUACAUGAUAUAUCAAAAAUGGAUGAAACAACCUUACGGUAUGAAAUCGAAUUACGCCGAUGGGGACAUGAACAUCAAGUUAUACCUAAAAAAAUGCUCAACAGUCCUAUAAUUUUAACUGCACUUGUUAUGCAUUUACCAUUGAGGAUAUUAUUGGACAACACAUUUUUUUUUGCCAGAAAACGAUUAUUUAAAAACUCAACACCUGAUACUGGACUUUGGGAGUUCAUUUUACGAUUCAACAACCCACAUGAAGUAAAAAAAUGGCGAAUACAUCCAAUUGAAUCAUAUUUAGCAUAUGUUAGAUAUUCUAGAACAAGUCAGAAUAUCUUGAAAAUACAAAAUAAUAUUUUAAAAAAACAAGAAAAUUUUAAAAUUAAUCCACCUAAUAAACUGAUAAUAACUAUUGCCUCAGGAAAUCUAAAAAAAUUGACAAAUAAUUCUAAUAUCCAAAAUACAAACCAAACUUCUAAAACAUUGUUACAAAAAAAAAAUUCUCAAUCAUCUGUUGGAAAUGAAAAUAAAUUAUUUCAAGCUGAACCAUCAAAUUCAAGAGAAAUAAAUACGCAACAAAUUAAAAAUAAUAAAAUAUGUAAUACAGUUUUGAAUUCUACAGUAAAAGAUUAUAAAUCUAAACAAUCAAAACAAAAAUCAACUAAACCUAAUCCAAAGAAAUCUAACAUUAGUCAGACUUCUAAACUAACAAAACUGUUAGAAAUAUCUGAAGAAAAUAAGAAAAAAAACAAUCAGUCUGCUGAAAUUGCUGAUCAGUUAUCAAAUUUAAAUGUCAGUGUCCAGCAAAAUAAUUCUGAAUCUAAAACAAUAAUGGAUCAAAUUCAAACAGUUGAUGUGAAUCAAAAUCAGCCAUGGGUAUUUACAUUAUUGAAGUCUCCUCCAAAAUUAUCUUUAGAGUUGGAACAUUUUUUAUCUGAAGAUCUAAUAAAAAAAUCAUUAGCAGUUUUAAAUCCUAUUGACCAACGUAUAAUAAUAGCGUAUGAUAGUCGGGUGAUUAUGAAAAAAAAAAUGUGUUUUUAUUCAAAGUUACUUUAUGUACAUGAAGCUAUUACACUGAUAAUACUUUCUUUAAUAUAUCCAAAUAAAGUACUAAAUAAACCAACAAUUUGUGGUUUAGAUGAAACUGGAAAACCGUGUAAAAAUGAUAUGAAAAUUGAUUAUGAGAAACCUUUGACUUAUGAAAGUUUGGAAUCUAUUUUAUUUGAGACUCCGGUUAGUGAAACAUCAGAUGAAAAUAAAAAAGAUGUUCCAUAUAUCAAUCCUCUAUCUACUUUGAAUUGGGCUAAAGAAAAUAAUAAAGAAUAUGAUAUUUUUGUAUUUUUGGGAACUAACAAAAUGAAUUUAAAAAACAUAGAUGGAGCUAUUAAAGAAUAUCAAACGGCUUUAAAAAAAAAAGUGAAGAUUGUUGUAUGUUGUUUAAAUGGCAAGCAUUUUGACCAAAGAAACUUAGGUCGAGGGAAUAGGCUAUUUAUUGCUGGUUUUGACAAAAAUGUUGGAAAAAUAAUUGAAUCUUUUUUAAACGAAGAAUUUUAAGUUUAUUUCUUAAAUAUGCUGAAGUGUAUUUAAUUGUUAACAUUAAAAACAUAAUUUAUUAUUUCAUAUUGAAUUGUUUAAUUUAUUUUUCGCUAAAAGCUACUUUUUACCAAUUAUCUUAAUGUAAAUAUCUAUAUGUAACAAGGGUAUUAAACUAGAGCUCUUAAAACACGUGUCACGGAAUUCACGCGUACACGUGAAAUACAUGUUUAUCCAAAAUAUAUAUCCA